AUGGAUAUUGGCAAAGUCGGCGAUGCCAAAGGCGAUAAGGGGAAAGGAAAAGAAAAGAAGGGCAAAGGAAAAGACAAAGACCCCAAAGGGGGGAACGAACCCGAGAAGGGUGGAAAGGGCCAAGACAAAAGAAACCAGCAACACAACCAGCAGAAAGAAAAGGAGAAGUGCCCCAUAUGCUGGCGAACUGGGCACACAGUGAAAGACUGCUGGUACAAUGUGAAAGGAAAAGGCAAAGGAACGCCAAAGGGCGGAGUAAACGCUGUUGCUGACGACGCUUCGUCACAGCUCUCAGCGGGUCCCUCCGCUUCCCAGGCGGGCAGCGCCGCGACUACGGCAAAACCUGGUGUGAGACACAUCUCGGAUGAGCCUAUGCGAGUGCUAGCUGUGCGGAACAACGACCCCCGCCAAGGACACCUCCUGGUGGAUACUGGUGCCGCUGUUUCCGUUUGCCGCCCGGGAACCUUUUCCAGUAAACUUGACCCGAAAGGACAAAUGGCUCUGUACAGUGUGGACGACACGCCGCUCAACACCCUAGGCGCCACGGAACCUGUGCUGCGACUAGGCGGGGACCACCGCCAGAAUGCACGAACCACGUUUCAAGUGGUUGAAGGUAUCACAGAUGACAUUCUGUCUGUGAACCGAGCGGUGGAUGCUGGAGCGCGGGUUGUGUUCCACGCGUCAGGCUCGCACAUUGAGUGGGCUGACGGCUCACGAGCCGAUUUCGUCCGAAGUGGGAAACAAUUCCUGCUACCUUACGCUGAAAUGGCCAAACCCAGCAAGCACGUGACCAUAGCGGCCGUUGAGGAUUUUCCCGACGACCUGGAAGCUCAAGCGGUCGAGGAAUUCGCUAUCGCUGAAGAACAGCUGGAGGCAGAAGCCGCGCGGGCCGAGGCAGCAGCUGCCGAAGCCAAUGAGGGUGAGGGCGAAGAACGCCAGGACCUUGAAGCGGUAGCCCCGCCAGCGGAUCCCGAGCCGAACGAGGAAAGCGUGCCACGCGAGCCCACGGCCGAAGAGAAAGAGCGCCAUAGACUCACUCACCUGCCAUUCCAGAGCUGGUGUCCGGAAUGCGUGCAGGGGGCCGGGCGAGGCGGGCACCACCGCCGAAAGAAAGACGCGGGAGAAGGCGCAUUGGAAGCGACGGUCCAAAUGGACUACACCUUCUACUCGCGAGGGGCGCAGCAAAGGCUCGCGCCGGAGAACGAGUCUGUUCUCGUCACGGUGCUGACGCUGGUUGACCGCGACACCGGCUGGCCGUGCAGCGUACAGGUGCCUAGAAAAGGUCAGGAGUGCGGACCAUUUGUGUUGGACGCAAUAGAGCUCUACCUGAACAAUUUGGGACACAAAAGAGUGAUCCUGCAAAUUGACCAAGAAGGAGCGUUGAGAAACGUUGCUGUGGCUGUAAGAAACCGGAUGGGGGCACACAAGGUUCGAGUGCGGGAGUCACCGCCGUACUCGCACCAGAGCCAGGGCGCCGUUGAAGGCGAACACCACCAACUCGCAGGUUUGGUGCGCACAUGGCUCAUGGACCUCCAGAAUCGGUACCCCAACUGCAUGGUUGACGUCAAUCAUGUGGUGUUUCCCUGGCUAGUCAAGUACGUCGCUUGGUCUGCGGCGAGGUUUCAAGUGAGAACCGCCGACAAAAUGACCGCGUACAAGAUAGUCAAUGGGGUAGAAUACUUGAGCCCCAUAUGCAAAUUUGGGGAAACAGUCAUGGCAAAACUUCCGAAACCAGGCACCAAGGCGCAACGCCGUUGGAUACGUGGGAUAUGGGUUGGUCGUCUGGAGCGCGACAACACCAACAUUAUACUCACGGAGGCUGGGGCAUUGAGUGUGCGGUCUGUCCGCCGUUUACCACCAGACGCGCAAGCCAACAGAACCCUGAUGGGGACCGUAGCUGGCGUGCCAUGGGCACUUCGACAAGGAAGGACGUUGCGGCAAGCACCCGCCCUGCAGGCGGAACCUUUGGUGCUGCCAGCGCCGCCACUCAUGCAAGCCGAAACCGAAGGCGACCACGUGGAGCAAGAGGGCGCAGCGCAAAUCCCCUCAAUGGCCCACGAUGGACCCGAAGAAAGAAUGGACAGAGACGCUUUGGACGUUGAAGGCGCCGCAGCCGCGGAGAGCCUCGAACCACGCGAAGACAUGGACGUUUUCGAUGGCGACACCGGCGCGGGAGUUCUCGUCUCACCCGAAGAAACCGCUGAGGCUGAAGCUAUUCGAAAUGCAGCGCCAUCGAGUCCCACAACGUCGGAUGGCCCAUCCGCAGAAAGCGCGGGAGCCGCUGCCGGAUCACCUAGAGCACCAGCAGGGAUGGCUUAUCCCACGGGGCUGGGCGAAGGGGGGCUGGCGACCAAGCGUUCAGGCACAGCGCCACCUGCGGAAGAGACCAGGCCGCCGAAGCAACCCAAAGCCGAAGCCAAGAAGUCCCAACGUGUAGGCAAACUACAGGUGCAAGAUCUGUGGAAAAAGGUGGAGGAAUGGGCCAAUGCGGACGACCCCGCUGUAGCGCAGCAGAGGCUCGCCACGGUGAUGGAAUACCUCGAUUCCGUGCCCGACCCACAGCAGAUCCAGAAAGCACGCGAAGAGCAACUUUGGAAGCUCUGGCGGCUGAACGCCUUCACACCGGUGAUGCGAUGGGACAAGCCGGCAGACGCCCAGACCUUCCACUACAAGUGGGUGGACAAGGUGAAAGACGGCGUGUGCAAAAGCAGGUUUACCUGCGCCGACACACGACGAUCCUAUACCCCAGAAAUGGAGCAGGACAUGCGUGUCUUUGUUCCUACCCCUACUCCUGAAGCACACGCACUGCUCGAAAUAACGGCUCUGCAGAGAGGCUGCGCCAUGAGAACCUUCGACAUCGUUGCUGCUUUCCUGAUCGGCAGGGACCGAGGGGCGCAGAACGAAAACUGGGUCUACAUGCGACCGCCAGCCGAGUGGAAGCCCAUUUUCGACCAGUGGGUGCGGGAGCAACCGCCGUCUGAGCAGUCCAAGCUCAGAGGACAAUUUGCUGACAUAUUUGCUGACAUGCUGUUCAGGCUCGAUGGAAAUUUGUAUGGUCGAAGAACAGCUGGCUCCGUCUAUCGAGACGAGCUGGAAGAGCUGUUAUGCCACAAAUUGUCACAGACCGGCCGGUAUGCUUUCAAAAGAGGGGUAAAAGAUCCAUGUAUCUAUCGAUGCAUGAAGACAGGUAUCAUAGUGGUCCAUCACAUCGAUGACGGAAGAUGUGCGGGGAACGCCGCCCUGCUGAACACCUUCCUGGACGAGGAUAUGUGCAGCCACUGUGAAAUCACCACCGGUCCUCUUGAGGCCGAAGGUGUAUCGGUAGAAGUUUUGGGAAAAACCAAAACACGCUUGGAGGGCUGCAUCCUAACAGCCCCGGACGCAAAGCAUGCUCGAAACAUCAUCGAAGCACUCGGUCUGAAGCCCGGAGAGAAAUCUCCAGUGCCUUCUCGCAAACCCGAUCUCUCGGACGUGACGCCGUUGAGUGCGGGGGAUGCCGCCAAAUACCGAUCCGCUGUGGGGUCCGGAAUUUACCUCUCGGCCGACAGACGUGACAUUCAGUAUGCGGUGAAAGAGUUGGCGAGGCAUAUGGCCGAACCCAGACAGUGCGACAUGCAACAAGCACGACUGCUGGGAAAAUACCUGCAACAAGCGCCCGACCUUGUUCGAGUCACUGCACUCGACCCAAGCGCGUACGAAGGGCCCAUGACGCUCGACGUCUUCAGCGACAGCGAUUGGGGAGGAUGUGUUGAAACCCGGCGAUCCACAGAUUGUCAUGUGGUGGUUCUGGGAGGAGCAAUUGUCGCCACAUCCACGCAGACCCAGCCGGGAUUGCCUGCCACCAGCAGCCCUGACGCUGAGUUAAGAGGCAUCAGCCGGGCCUGUCGCGAGGCCAUCUUCGUACACGAACUUGCGACCAUGGAUUUUGGGCUGGAGGUGGAAAUCCCACGCCUGUGGUCAGACAGCUCCACUGGCAUCACAGCCGCAAAACGCAUAGGGCCAGGAACCAAGCUACGCCAUCUGGACGUGAGCGAAUUCUACGUCCAAGGGGCAGUGCAGGCCGGGAAAGCGCUGUUGCGAAAAGUCAAAGGAACUGAGAAUCCGGCGAAUUUUCUCACCAAGCACCCAAAGUCCGGAAACGAAGUGCUACAAGCUUUACCUUCGUUGGGCAUGGUGGACCCCAAACAUGUUGCGGGCGCCACCGCCCAGGAGAAACACACGGUGAAGUUUGUGCGGGUGAAUCCGCCUACGAGCUGGAAACCCGUAUUUCCGUUCAAGCCUACGCUCGCAAUUGCGGGUGUCACUAUGGCUUCACAGAUCUUAGGAGUGAAGGCCCAGCCAAGGGAGUAUGAACUCCUAGAGCUGGUGCUGGAUGUCACUUUGUGGCUGGGACUCCUGGGAUGGUUUGUUUUGCUCUACCACAUGGUGAAGGGCACUGUGAGGGGAACUCUGGCUAUAUACAGGAGGGUGAACCGACACCGGCAACAUGAAGAAGAGCCGGAACCGGAAGCGUCGGAGGACGAAGCUCCAACGCAGGCCGCGGAAAACGCGCCACCUCCACUCGAGGACUUGUUCCGAGAGGGAGUGCGGGCACCUCCGCCUCGGGACCUGCGACCCCCAGCUCCUGAGCCGGAACCUCCAGAGGUGGGCCAACAGGCAGCAGCAUCUGCCUUGCCACCACAACCCGCACAGGGAGAUCAGCAGCGACGAGCACGUCGAAGAACUAGACCACAGGUACCCCAGAGAGAACCAGGGGAGAUCUACUAUGCGCCUUGCCGGAGGACAGCACAUGUAUUCCGCAACUGCUCUGGGCUAAGUUCAACCCAGCAGCAAGACAUCGUGGUCGAACAGUUCUGUGCCUACUGCCUGGAAAACUUUCCUAGACACCUCAGGCUCGAGAACGAACCUCGGGUAUGGGUGACAGGGACGAAUCUAAGGCCACAUAUCUUUCAGAAUUGCCCUGAACUCCAAGGAUGGCAGAGAGCGAUUCCGAUGUGCAAUCACUGCAGUUUGAGACACAUCUCGCGAGAUCCCUGA